UUAUCGUGAGGGGGCGUGGACUUGCAGGUGCUGAAACUGCGGAAGCGGAAGUCGUCGUAGCGUCGUAUCCUCGAAGAUUCCUGAAGAUCUACUCAGGCUGUAGGAUCUGGUUUCGGACAGCCCGAGACAGUCAAUGCAGUCAGGGGGAAGACAGAGCAGCAGGGUGUACGCUUACUAGACCAGCACUCAAGCAACAUAAAAUACAUCUUUGACACACAUACUUUAGAACCAGAUCCCGGUGGUUUGAUUCCCCACCUCCCCCCCCAGACACCAUGACGUCCUCUAUGCUCCGCAGACAGCUGAAGAACCUGGUCCAGAACUACUCUGAGGCUGAGGUCAAGGUGAGAGAGGCGACGUCUAAUGACCCGUGGGGCCCAUCCAGCACUCAGAUGGCAGACCUGUCGGAUCUGACCUACAAUGUGGUGGCCUGCAACGAGAUCAUGACAAUGCUCUGGAAGCGCCUGAAAGACGACAAGAACUGGAGACACAUUCAUAAGUCCCUCACGCUGCUGGAGUACCUGUUAAAGACCGGGGACGAUCGUGUGCUCCUGAAAAUGAAAGACAACAUCUACAUUGUCAAAGCCCUCACAGAGUAUCGCUUUGUGGAAAAAGAUGGCAAAGAUCAGGGUGGAAAUGUGAGAGAGAAGGCCAAAGUGGUCCUUGUUCUUAUGGAGGAUGAUGAGAAACUAAAGGAGGAGAGAGACUUUGCCCUCAAGACCAGAGAGAAGACGUCCAAAGGUUCUGCUGCCUCAUCCACGGAUGCCGUCACGGAUCCUAACUACAAGCCAGUCUACGUUCCCGGGACCUCAGGGCUUCCAUCCUUAGACAACAUACCCUCAGUGGCUGACUUGGCCGCUUCCUUCGCUGCCCGCAAAGAGGAGCGUCUUAAACAGGAAGCCGAAAAGAAAGACGCAGAGAGGAGGGCCAAAAUGAGUGAAGAGGAGCUGAAAUGGGAGGAUGCCGGGAAAGGCAGUGACGCAAAAGGGGGUGCCUGGGGAGGUGAGAAAGCAGAGGAGAAGGAGGUGAAAGAACCUAAAGAGGCCACAGAUCCAUGGGGCACAUCAGCAAAACCUGACACAGAAGCUAGCACUGAUCCUUGGGGUGCUCCAGCUAAAACUGAGGAAGAUCCAUUUUCAGCGCCUAAAACAGUUGAAAAUUCAUUUGCUGCUCCAAAGAAUGAAGAAGAUCCUUUUGCAGCACCAAAAGAUGACCCGUUCAACACCCCAAAAGAUAGUUCAGACCCCUUCAAUGCACCCAAAGACAAGGAGGAUCCAUUUGCUGCACCAAAAGAUAAACCAGAUCCCGUCAGUUCGGCUAACAAUGAUCCAUUCAACACCCCAAAGGAUGAUUCAUUUAACACCCCGAAGGAUGAUCCUUUCAACGCCCCAAAGAAUGAUCCCUUCAACGCCGCAAAGGAUGAUCCAUUCAACAACUUCAACACCCCAAAGGAUGAUCCCUUCAACGCCCCGAAGGAUGAUCCUUUCAACAACUUCAACACCCCAAAGGAUGAUCCCUUCAACAACUUCAACACCCCAAAGGAUGAUCCCUUCAACGCCCCAAAGGAUGAUCCCUUUAAUGCUCCAAAGCGCGAUCCUUUUAAUGCCCCAAAUGAUGACCCAUUCGGUACCCCAAGAGAUGAUCCAUUCACUGCACCAGCUUCAACACCCCCUAAGGAAGACCCAUUUUCAGCCCCAGCAUUGUCUAAAGAUGACCCCUUCACUGCUUCCACAACACCACCUAAAGAAGAACCUUUCUCUACACCCAUUAAACCUCCCCAAGACGACCCUUUUACUGCUGCAACACCACCCAAAGAGGAUCCUUUCGCUGCACCAUCCAAACCCACAAAAGACGCCCCUUUUACUGCAGCAACAACACCACCCAAAGAGGAUCCUUUUGCUGCACCAUCCAAACCCACAAAAGACGCCCCUUUCACUGCCGCAACAACACCACCCAAAGACGACCCUUUCGCUGCAGCAACAACACCACCCAAAGACGACCCUUUUGCUGCAGUUACAACACCCCCUAAAGAGGACCUACUCACAGUGCCAUCCAGUCCACCAGAAGGUGAUGCCUCGGAUCCCUUCAAUGCUCCUCCGGUGACCUCGCCCCAUGGCAGUGCAGAUUUGUGGGGAGCCCCUGCUAGUUCUCCACCUGCCACCGGAUCAGAUCCCUGGGGGCCGCCAUCUGCUCCAAAGGAAACAAAGAGCGGAGAUCCCUGGGGGGAUGGGACGAGCCUCUCCUCACCCAUUGAUCAUUCUGAUGCAUUUAAGGAUACAUCGAACCUGGACAAUGACCCAUGGGGAGCCCCAGCUGCAGCUCUAGUUAGCACAGGUGAUGCAUGGGGUUCACCUGCUCCGACCUUAGACUCCUCCUCAUCCAGUGACCCCUUUGGAGAUGGUGCAUCUAAAAAAAGUGAUCCUUGGGGUGCUCCAAGUAACGCACCUAGCAAUGACACAGGAAAGCAAACGGCGCAAGAAGAGAAGUUGCAUAAAAAGACUACGUCGUUUCUGGGCUCUGCGGGGGCAUCGCUUGUUGACCUGGACGAUCUUUUUUCUUCUAACCCCAAACCCGAACAGCGCCCCCUCGCCAACAAGCUCGUCGCCCAGACACAAGCCAUCGGCGCUUUCAAAGCCAGGGGCAUGACAUCUGCCCCCGUGGUCAAAUCAGGGACUGUUGCAGGGGGGUUCCUUCCAGAAACAUCAUACAGCAGUCCUUUUGGUUCCACCCUUGCUCCCUCCUUCGGUGCACCUUCUCCCACUUUUGGAGCUGCUAAUCCUUCCAGUGAAACUCCCCUAUUUCAGCUACCGUCCCAUACCAUGAGCUCAUACAUGGGAAGAACUGGAAUGGUACAAUCCGUUUCUGUGGGAGGGAGUCCACAAAUGGGCCUUAACGUGAACCCCCCCUUUGGAGGAGUGGGACUUGUGCAUUCUGGAAUCCCGGUGGGGAAUCCUCUGGCAGACUCCCUGUCAUUGGGGACAGGAAUGGGUCAGUCUAGUUUCUAUGGAGGAUAUCGCCAAGCAGGAGAGGCUCACUUGGGAGGAUCCACUCCACCGGGCGGCGGGGGGAGUCCCCAGUUUCUCUCAGGCAGUGGGUCGGGUGAGACAUUGAACAAAAACAAUCCAUUCCUGUUCUGAUACCUUGCCAUGCAUUCAUCACACUGGGUAGUUUGACAUGUUUUAGCCUUUUAAAUGUAUACGUUGCAAAAACUUUUCCCAAAACAUAGCAUCGAUUGAAAUUGCUUUAUUACGCACCUCCAGGCGGCCAUUGGUUCUCAGGUACCCUCAGCUAAAUUUGCCGUCAACCUUGCAAUAGAUAAUUAAAAUGUAUUUCAGUUUUGUAGGCAGGGACUUUUAAAAGAUCUUGUGUUGAAAGGCACGUGAAAAAGAUGAUGUGAAUUUGGUAAUAUCUUGUGUU